UAUAAAAAGGCCUUCACAGUGACCCUGCACAUCCUGUGUGCUGAUCCUGAAGCUUGCCCGCUGCCAUGGAGACCAGAACCCUGUGGCUAAUGCUGCUGGUCCUGCUUGCAGGGUGCUCUGGGAUAGGUGCAGAGUAUGUGGGCCUGGCUCCAAGUCAGUGUAUGGUCCCGGCGAAAGCCAGGGUGGACUGUGGCUACCCCAGUGUCACGGAAGAGCAGUGUAAUAACCGGGGCUGCUGCUUCGACUCCAGCAUCCGGAAUGUGCCCUGGUGCUUCAAGCCCCUGCAGGAGACAGAAUGCACAUUUUGAAGCAAUCCAAGCUCUGGGAAGGGAGCUCUGCACCCUGGUCUCCUGCUGGAGGCAGCAGCCAAGGCCAGCGUUCAUCCCUGCUCUGUUCUCUGCUGCUGCCCAAUAUAGGAGCCUGGAGUCCUGAAGAAUAAAGACCCCACACUCAGCACAAGGCUGCUCUGAUUGCUGAGA